AUGCGAGACGUCACCAAGCCCAAUGAGUGGAUCUCUUCCGAGCAGGAGCGUGCUGCCGACCUAGAGCGAAUCACCGCUGACCUGACCAACCCUGAGACCGUGACACACGCCGCGCACCAGACUGGAGCCCAGGCGGCCUUUAUAUACGCGGUACACUCCAGCGACAUGAUGCGCGGCGCCAUCACCGCCCUCCGGGAUGCUGGCAUUCAGCACGUCGUGUUCCUGUCAACCUUGCAAGUCAAGGCCGUGGGCGCCAUCAAGGCGACAUUCGCUCCAUCAAGCCCGACCACUUUAUCCCCUGGCAGCAUGCGCAGGUUGAGAUAG